AUGACCGAAACGAUGAAACUGCAGCAACGCAAGGGAUCCCGGAAACCCCACCAAGCUGGGCCUACCAGAGACCCUCCUGAUCUUAUUAUUUCCUACGUGACAAGCAAUCUCAUAGAUGCUUAUUUUGAGCUUUAUCAUAUUCACUACCCUGUCUUACACGAGAAGACGUUCAGGGAGAGGGUCACUUCACAAAGCAAAUUUUCCCCUCCAUGGAGGGUCACCUACUACCUGGUUCUUGCCAUUGGCCAAUUCUGUUCCUCGAACACAGAGUCCGAAUAUCCAGAAACGUCGGAAUUCUACAAUGCAGCCCGGGCAGGGCUAUCACUUCAGAUGCUGGAAUCAGGUAGUGUCGAGACUGUUCAAGCCUUUCUGCUUCUCGGGAACUAUCUACAGAAGAAAGACCGAACGAACACCGGGUACAACUAUAUUGGCCUUGCUUACCGACUUGCUCUCGGAAUUGGAUUACAUCGCGAGGUGACCGGUGCUCAAAAUACCAUUGGCCAUGAGCGAAGGCGACAGCUUUUCUGGACUAUGUACUGCUUCGAAAGUGGAUUCAAUAUCACAACUGGCCGACCGCCAACUAUGACAGAUGGAUUUAUCGAUAUCAGUCUCCCUCGUAAUAUUGAUGACGCGGGUCUGUCGCUUGAAUCCCCCGUACCCGAAGAAGUGGACUACCCGACGAUUUAUUCCGUGAUAAUUUCCCAUGCCAAGCUUGCCCGGAUUGCAGACACUAUAUACCACGAGUACUUGUUGGCAAAAACCGCUGGCUCUAGGAUAGAGUACCGACUCGCUGAAUUACUGGAACGAGAUUUGACAAAUUGGCGAAAGACACUGCCGAGCUACUUCACUUUGGCAGGAGCUCCGCCCUGGUUCCUCGCACCACGUUCAGUUCUUCGAUGGAAGGAGCAGAAUCUUCGAAUCCUACUUUGGCGCGGCAGUCAAAAGUAUCACAGCUACCUUCCGACGAGAUUUAGUGCCGAAGAUAAAUGCUUGGACGUGGCUAUGGAGAGUGUGCACGAUAUCGCGACAUUUUGGAGGACCUACGAAAACGCAUCCUACCACAUGGUAUGGUACGCGACGUACUGCCUGCUUCAGGCGACGCUGGUGAUUUUGGUAUUGUUUCUCGGCAAAGGCACGCAAUAUCAAUCUAGCCAAGAACUACCGUUGUGGCAUCAUUCGGUCUUUGAGGCUCGAGACUGCUUUCGACAACUAGCAAAGAGGAGCGUCUCGGCCAGACGCUGCCUCGAAAUGCUCGAUCGAAUUUGCACCAGAUUCGAAUCACUCCCGAUGUUAAAUUUGGCACUCGACUCUAAAGACACUCUCCUGCCAAAUAACACAAGCUCGGAGGUGCAGAUGCCGCUCUUCAACGAUAUCGCGCAGCAAAUGCCGGAGCUAACAGACCCAUUAAGUGAAAAUAAUCUUAUUUUUGGCGAAAAUGGGCAGGUCAACAUGAAUGAUGACACUGGUGAUGACCUCCGCAUGUUCAUGAAUGAGGUGUCUCUUGAUUUUAUGGGAAAUAUGCCGCUUGACUUGCUUUUUAAUGAUUGGGUAGACUACUCAUGA